ACUUUCUUUCUUUCUCUGUAAUUUUUCCUGAGAGAAUGCAGAGUUCCUCUAAAAGCCAGGCCUUUUAUCUUACUGUUCUUCUCCUUCUUCUUCUUCUUCUGCCAUCACUCUCAGAAUCACAGCUUAUAUCAAGUGAAUCAAGAACUCUAUUAGAAAUCCAAAAGCAGUUACAAUAUCCACCAAUUCUUCGAUCAUGGAGUAACUGGACCAAUUUCUGCUACCUUCCUUCUUCUCCUUCUUUCAAAAUCCUCUGUUUCAAUGGUCAUGUAACCGAAUUAACCGUCACCGGAAACAGAACCAUUAAACUCCCCGGAAGAUUCUCCAGCGACUCACUCUUCACUGUUCUUACAAAACUCUCAAACUUAAAGACAUUGUCUCUGGUCUCUCUCGGCAUCUCUGGUCCUCUCCCUACAAAGAUCAUCAGGUUAUCUUCAUCUAUUCAAUCUCUGAAUCUCAGUUCUAAUUUCAUCUCUGGGGAAAUUCCUAAAGAGAUCUCGUCGUUGAAGAACCUGAGAAGUCUUGUUCUGGCGAACAAUAUGUUCAAUGGAAGUGUUCCUGAUCUCAGAGGAUUGUCGAAUCUCCAAGAGCUGAAUUUAGGCGGUAAUAAACUCGGUCCUGAAGUUGUUCCUUCACUUGCAAGUAACUUGAUCACCGUUUCAUUGAAGAACAACUCAUUUGGAUCCAAGAUUCCAGAACAGAUCAAGAAGCUGAGUAAGCUUCAAAACUUGGAUCUUUCCUCCAACAAGUUCACUGGGUCAAUCCCAAAAGUCCUGUUUUCGCUUCAUUCGCUUCAGAAUCUAAGUUUAGCACAAAACUUGCUGAGUGGAUCACUUCCAAAUUCAUCGUUGUGCAGCUCCAGGCUUAGAAUUUUAGAUGUUUCUCGGAAUCUUCUGACUGGGAAGCUUCCAUCUUGCUUCUCUUCCAAGAAACAGACAGUGCUCUUCACAUUCAAUUGCUUGUCUAUAAAUGGUUCUCCUUCUGCUAAGUAUCAGCGUCCAGUUACCUUCUGUGAAAACGAAGCAAAGCAAGCAGUAGCUGCUGUGAAGUCUGACACGAAAGAUCAAGAAAGGAAAGAAGAAGAUAGAGGAAUCGAACUUGGAUUGGUGAUUGGCAUUAUCAUCGGUGUGAUCCUCGUUUCAGCGGUUUUAGCUGGCUUGGUUUUGGUUAGGAUGAGAAAAUCAACAUCAAAAGAAGAGCCUUUUGAAGCAAACAACGUCAAUCAGGUCUCUGUUAGCAGCAACACAACCAGGUCCACCACAUCAAAGACAGUACCAGAUCCAAGACGCGUACCGCAAACCAUGAGAUCUGCGGUGAUUGGACUAUCACCAUACCGAGUUUUCUCUUUGGAGGAACUGGAAGAAGCCACCAACAAUUUUGAUGCAGCGAAUCUCUGUGGAGAUCAGCUGUACAAAGGUUGCCUUAGAGAAGGCAUAACAGUGACAGUGAGGUGUAUUAAGCUGAAACAGAAGAAUUCAACACAAAAUUUGGCUCAACAAAUGGAAGUUUUAUCAAAGCUAAGGCAUAUGCAUUUAGUCAGUGUUCUUGGACACUGCAUUGGUACUUAUCAAGACCAUCAUCCAUAUGCCGGAAGCACCAUAUUCAUAGUCCAAGAAUACAUCUCUAACGGGUCUUUGAGGGAUUACCUCACCGAUUGGAGAAAGAAAGAGGUGUUAAAAUGGCCUCAGAGAAUGUCAAUAGCGAUUGGAGUUGCUCGAGGAAUUCAGUUCUUGCACACAGGAGUGGCACCAGGAAUCUUUGGGAAUAAUUUGGAGAUAGAGAAUGUUUUACUUGAUGAAACACUCACUGUAAAACUCAGUGGUUAUACUAUUCCUUUACCAUCCAAGGUUGGAGCGGAGAGCCCUAGUAAUGAAGAUGGAGAGAAAGAAGAUGUGUACCAGUUUGGAGUGAUACUACUUCAGAUCAUCACAGGCAAAGUAUUGGCGGCUGCAUCUUCGGAGUUGGGGAGCUUGAAGCUUCAGCUGGAGAACAGUUUGAGAGACGAACCAUCGGUGUUGCGUAGCUUGGCAGAUCCUUGUGUGAGGGGAACAUAUGCAUACGAGUCAUUGAGAACCACAGUAGAGUUUGCCAUUAACUGUCUUUGUGAAGAUCAGAGGAAUCGGCCAUCGAUAGAGGAUGUUGUAUGGAAUCUGCAGUAUACAAUUCAAGUGCAGCAAGGAUGGACAAGCAGUGGGAACCUUGGGAUUGGUGGUUCAGAAAUGUAAAAUAGGAAUAUAAAAUCAUCAUCCUUUAAGGAAAUAGAGAAACUGAUCAAUGUCAAAUUCAAACCCAUAUGAGAAUACAUUAAGUUGGACCUACUAAUACUUGUGGUACUUACGAGUCUCAUGUGAAGCUUCAGAUUUUGGUGUAAAAGUCGUCUCAAAGAAAGCAAUGCAAUUGUA